AUGACGAGCGACGCAUCUUCCACGGCGGAAAGUAGUUUCCAUACCAAGGAAAUGGCGACUGCGCUCGGAGAAAUCGACCCCAACCCGCCCCAAAACCCCCAGACUUCAUCAUCUACCAAAUCGAAGGCGACAUCAGCACUUCGAGCGAAGCAAGAGACGCGCAAGUUCCGCGGGACUUCCACCCCCGAUCCGGCGCUUGACAUCGACAUGGACGAGUUCACAUCCUUCACACAGUACCUGCGAUCAUCGAAACGCGUUCUAGCCCUCGUGGGUGCUGGCUUGUCGGUUGCUUCGGGGCUUUCGACGUUUCGCGGCGAUGAUAGAAGAUGGAGAGGUAUAGAACCUCAGGAGCUUUCGAAUAUCGAGGCCCUGGUGCAAGACCCGGUGAAGGUAUGGUGGUUCUUCAGCGAUCGGAUGAAGCGCGCGCAUGAGGCAAAGCCAAACCGGGGGCACAUCGCGCUUGCGAAACUCGCAAAGGAAAAGAGUGGAUUCUUCGCAAUCAAUCAAAACAUCGAUGGUAAGCAGACCUCUCAAGGCUAG